UGUCUAUAUAGGGUUUGCACUGAGGUAGGCAGUAUUGCUUUGUUUAAACAUGGUGGAACUAGGUGUACAAAAAAUAAUGAAGGCAGCAACACUAUCAAAAGCUUUGGUUAUUAGGAUCAACCUUGUUUUCAUUGCUUUCUUUCUAGUCAUCUAUGCUUCUCUUCUAUUGCAACCAUCUUCUUCUCUUUAUUUCCAAAAUGCAGCAUCUCUUGUUAGAUGCUCAUUUCGUGAGUGCCAUCACAAGUUGGGAAAAGGGGUGAAAAUGGAGAAAAUUUUGGAGCCAAUUAAGAAGAAUUUGACCAUGUUAGAGGUACCAAGUUUUGUUGAUGGAUUUGGUGGAGGGUUGAAGAUUGGGAUGGUGAACUUUGAAGGUGAUCAAGAUUUUAGCCAAUGGAGAAAACACGGUGAGACGAUCCCAGUCCAUUUCGAUCGAGUUCCCGAGGCUCUCAAAUGGCAAGACUUGUUCCCUGAAUGGAUUGAUGAAGAGGAAGAAUCUGAGGUACCAAAGUGUCCCGAGUUCCCAAUGCCAAAUUUCGAUAAGUACCCUAACAUGGACUUGAUAGUGGCUAAGCUACCAUGCAAGUACCCCAUUAAUGGAUGGUCUAGGGAUGUUUUUAGGCUCCAAGUUCAUCUAAUAACAGCAAAAAUGGCAGUCAAAAAUGGGAAGAAGAAGAAGAAGAGGAUCAAAGUGGUGUUCACGAGCAAAUGCAGGCCAAUGUUGGAGCUGUUUAGGUGCAAUGAUUUGGUGAAACAAGAAGGGGAUUGGUGGUACUACGAACCAGAUGUGGAGAAAUUAGAACAAAAAAUUGGAUUACCUGUUGGGUCAUGCAAGUUAGCUUUGCCAUUAUGGGGCCAAGGUAACCACGAAGAAUUCGAUGUGACCAAGAUAAAACAUACAACAACGAACCCCAAACGUGAAGCGUAUGCAACCGUACUACAUUCUUCGGAAUCCUACGUUUGUGGUGCAAUAACCCUAGCCCAAAGCCUCCUAAAAUCCGGCACCAACCGCGACUUAAUCCUCCUCCUCGACGACUCCAUCUCCGAACCGAAACGUCACGCUCUCGAAUUGGCCGGUUGGCGUCUCCGUUUCAUCAAAAGAAUCCGAAACCCUCGAGCCCAAAAACACACCUACAACGAAUACAACUAUAGCAAGUUCCGACUAUGGCAACUAACCGAUUACGAAAAAGUCAUCUUCAUCGAUGCUGACAUCACAGUGUUAAAAAACCUCGACCAUCUUUUCCAUUUCCCUCAAUUGACGGCCACCGGUAACGACGUUUGGUUAUUCAAUUCCGGCAUAAUGAUAAUCGAGCCAUCGAAUUGUACUUUCAAAGUUUUAAUGGACAAACGUGGCGAAAUCAUUUCGUAUAAUGGUGGUGAUCAAGGUUACCUUAACGAAGUGUUCGUAUGGUGGCACCGGUUGCCGAGGAGAGUGAAUUUUCUUAAGAACUUUUGGUCUAACACCACGGCGGAAACAAAGAUGAAGAACCAACUCUUUGCGGCGGAGCCACCCAAGCUUUAUUCCAUUCAUUACUUGGGGUUAAAGCCAUGGCUUUGUUAUAGGGAUUAUGACUGUAACUGGAACCGAGAGGAUCACCAUAUCUUUGCUAGUGAUGUAGCUCAUAGAAGAUGGUGGAAAUUUCACGACGCCAUGGAUGAAAAAUUGCAGAAGUUUUGUGGGUUAACGAAGAAAAGAAAAGCGCAAUUGGAUGCAGAUAGGAAGAAAGCUAAAGAAAUUGGGUUGAAAGAUAAGCAUUGGAAGAUCAAUAUUAAGGAUCCUAGACGAAAAUAUUUGAUGAAAUAGAAAAAAAUUUUGAAGCUUUUUUUGGGUUUGAUUUGCUUGUGUAGGGAACAUAUUACAAUAUCAUGUUUUUGCUUGUAAUUUUAUGUGUCGAUAACUCUUACCAUAUUAUAUGUACAAAUAUUAUCUUGCAGCAAACGAGUUAUGGUAUGAUCCAUUAUUCUUGAUCCCAAGUUACAAAAAUUGUAAUGAAAUAUUGACUUCAUGAUAACA